AGAAGAAAAAGAAGCAAGCGUCACAAUCCUUCAGCCAAUCAAAAAGCAUAAGGAAAGAGCCGACCGAUGAGGUCAUCACGUACAUAGACGCGGGAACUUGGGUUAGCAAACAUUCCAAGGGGAAAAUCGCCGUUUUUCAGAUCAUGGCGAUGAGAUGUGAGACCAGGGUGGAGACCGAGUUAGAAGGGGAAGAAAACUUUGGACCACAGCCUUUGAGCAGACUGGAGCGAUCUGGAAUAGCAUCGGCUGACAUAAAAAAACUGGAGGAUGCCGGAUUUCACACCAUCGAGGCAGUGGCCUACGUUCCGAAGAAGGAGCUGCUUAACAUUAAGGGCAUCAGUGAAGCCAAAGCUGAUAAAAUUAUAACUGAAGCCGCAAAGCUUGUCCCUAUGGGCUUUACCACAGCUACUGAGUUUCACCAGAGGAGAGCAGAAAUUAUUCAAAUCUCGACAGGUUCUAAAGAACUCGACAAAUUACUACAGGGUGGUAUUGAGACUGGCUCCAUCACAGAGAUGUUUGGAGAGUUUCGGACAGGGAAGACCCAGCUGUGCCAUACACUUGCUGUUACUUGUCAGCUACCUAUUGAUCAAGGGGGCGGAGAAGGUAAGGCAAUGUACAUUGACACAGAAGGAACUUUCAGACCGGAGAGACUCCUGGCUGUAGCAGAAAGGUAUGGCUUGGUGGGCAGUGAUGUUCUGGACAACGUGGCCUAUGCUCGAGCAUUCAACACAGAUCAUCAGACACAACUACUGUAUCAAGCUUCUGCCAUGAUGGCCGAGUCCAGAUAUGCUUUGUUGAUAGUCGAUAGUGCGACAGCUCUGUACAGAACGGACUACUCUGGCCGAGGUGAGCUGUCAGCCAGACAGGGACAUUUAGGACGUUUCCUUCGCAUGUUGCUUAGGCUAGCGGAUGAGUUUGGCGUUGCAGUGGUCAUAACCAACCAAGUGGUUGCCCAAGUAGAUGGGGCGGCCAUGUUCUCUGCGGAUCCGAAGAAGCCAAUUGGCGGCAACAUUCUGGCUCAUGCAUCCACUACACGGCUGUAUCUUCGAAAAGGUAGAGGAGAAACAAGGAUCUGCAAAAUCUACGACUCACCUUGUUUGCCAGAGGCAGAAGCCAUGUUUGCCAUUAAUGCCGAUGGAGUGGGAGAUGCUAAAGACUGAGGAAAACCGUCUAAACACCUUCCCACCAAUAUCAAUGACUGCUGUGACCUGUACAGUACUACAAAACUGUUACUUGUGAAAGUUCAGUUCAGAUUGAGUAACAAUGAAGGUUCAGGUAAGACAAGGCAAUGAACACAAGAGACAUUUCCUGAUUCAUUUCUUAAUAUAUAUUUUUUGAUCAGUCUCAAUUUUUAAUUUAAAAAAAGUAUCUGCUUUCUAGUAACAAGUUUAUAUUUGUAAUAGAGCAAGUUGUCAAAACAGGUGAACUUAAGUUGCAGUAUAUGGGGGAAAAAAAAAGAAUUUAAGUGUUUGUGUUGACAUUUUCUGUUUUUGUAUGUAUAGUUUCAUUAACAGCUGCUGUAUGUUAACGGUGCUACCAGCCGUGUUAUUGUGUAUUGUUACUAGCUUUCGUGCGAGUUUAACAGGUAAUCUUGCUUCACUGUAUGUAAAAACAAACUAUUAUAGCAUCAAGCUAAUAAAAGACUUCACAGUGCAGACAAAAGAUUAAAGGAUUUUAAAGUGUAUUUCA